AUGGUGCGCGAAACGGAGCUGUACGAGGUGUUGAACGUGUCGGUCGAGGCCAAUGAGCACGAGAUCAAGCGGUCCUACCGCCGGCUGGCCCUCAAGUACCACCCCGACAAGAACACCGGCGAUGAGGCCGCGGCGGACAUGUUCAAGAAGGUGAGCAACGCCUACGAGGUGCUCAGCGACCCCGAGAAGCGGAAGGUGUACGACAAGUACGGCAAGGAAGGGCUAGAAAGGGGCACGGGCGAGGGUGGCGGCUUCCAUGAUGCGACGGACAUCUUCUCCAUGUUCUUCGGCGGAGGCGCGCGGGAGCGCGGGGAGCCAAAGCCGAAGGACAUCGUCCACGAGCUCGAGGUGAAACUGGAUGACCUGUACAACGGCGCCACGAAGAAAGUGAUGAUCUCGCGUAACCGCUUCUGCGGUGCCUGCGAGGGCAGUGGACUGAAGUCCGGCGGCAAGCGCACCACCUGCGCCCAGUGCCGCGGUCGCGGUGCGCUGCUGCGCACCCAACAGGUCUUCCCCGGGUUCCAUCAUCAGGUGCAGGUGCGCUGCCCUGCCUGUGGUGGCGAGGGCGAAAUCGUUGCGGCCUCUGACCUCUGCACCGGCUGCCGCGGCAAGCGCGCGGUACGCGAGAAGAGUGUGCUGGAGGUGCACAUUGGCCGUGGCGCCUCCAAGUCGGACCACUUCACCUUCAUUGGCGAGGGCAAUCAGGAGCCCGGGAUCCGUCUGUCUGGCGACGUGCUUAUCUUUUUGAGGGUGCGCCCGCAUCCCGUCUUUCACCGCAUAAACGACCAUCUCAUGAUGCGCUGCUCCAUUACCCUGCAGGAGGCGCUGUGCGGGUUCGAGGUGCCCAUCGAGCAUCUCGACGGCCGCCAGCUUGUCAUCAAGGCGUCGCCCGGCCAGGUGGUGCACAGCGACAGUGCCUGGAGCGUGUACAAUGAAGGCAUGCCGGUAAAGGGCACCGGUGGUCUGCAGAAAGGCAAACUGUUCAUCUACUUUGAUGUCGAGUGGCCAGAGACGCUGCCGAGGGAACAGAUCGACAAGAUCGUGACAGCCUUCAACGUGCCGGAGAAGCCUGGCAAGCUGGGCGGGCAUGUGGUGGAGCUGAGGGAGUACAAGGCCGCCGGCAAGUUCAAGAGCGGCAAGAAUGAGAAGCGCGGUGGUACGGCGGGGUCGCGGUCUGCCGGCGCUGGCCGUGGGCGUGAAGCCGCUCGGGGCCGCCAGGCGCACGCCGAGGAGGACGAAUUUGAGGAUGUCACUGACGACGAUGACGACGAGCAGCAGCAGUACUUCCGCGCAGGUCCGCAAGGCUUCAACGGCAACACGCAGACCGUAGAGUGUGCACAGCAGUAG